AUGGCGGUUGUUGGCCCAUGGACGACGACGAGCUUGAUCAUCGCGAUAAUGAUGAUGACCACGACGGUGCGUUUAAUCGACGGCAGCAACAACAACCACGUGUACUCUCCGUGCGCGGACACGAAGGUGGAGAGGUCCGACGGGUUCACCUUCGGGAUUGCCUUCGCAUCCAGGGAUUCCUUCUUCCGAAACGGCAGCGUUCAGUUGUCUCCCUGCGACUCCAGACUCUCUCUCUCCAACGGCAAUUCCCAGAUCUCCGUUUUCCGGCCAAAGGUUGACGAGAUCUCUCUCCUCUCCGUCAACUCCUCCUCCUUCACUGCGGAUUCUUAUGGCUAUAUGGUUGCAUUUGCUGGGAGAAAAUAUGCUGCAAGGUCCAUUCCUGCUUUUGUUGCCAAUGCUACCUACACUGUCACCAGCUUUACCCUUGUGCUUGAGUUCAACAAGGGGAGGCUGCAGAACCUGUAUUGGAAAAGGGAUGGGUGCUCCAAAUGUUCAGGGAGCACCGGCCUUGUUUGCCUCAACAAUCAGGACUGUGCAUUCAGGACCUCCAGCUGCAAAACCCAUGGAGGCUCUGUGGACUGCAGCCUUGGGAUCCAGUUGGCAUUUUCCGGCACAGACAAGCACCUUUCAGUGCUUAACUCAUGGUAUGAAGUGAAAAACCUCAGGCAGUACUCACUCUAUGGUCUUUAUUCAAAUUUGAAGGGCUCUCUCACUAGCCAGUACAACAAGAUUUUCUGA